AUGGACGAUUUAAGGGUACUAGCCUUUUCUGCUCCGCUGCAUCGCUUGCCAAGGCAUGGCAGCGCAAUUCGGUCAAGCUUCAUGGAGAAGCGAUGCAAAUCAAAAGCGAAAAAGAAACCGUCUGUACAAUGGACGGCCGGAGCAGAUAAACGAGCCUUUUGGGUGAUGCCCAAAUCAAAACAAGCUCUGACGACUGCACUCGAAGGGAAUAUAAACGACUUUUUAUUCACGGAGACUUCUGAUAUGGAGCGGUGGUCACCGCUAGGAUGCUUUAAUUCAACUUGCGUUGACGGCCAAGGCAGUUUUCCCGGUGGCAGACUGGCCGUCAUUUCCUCCGCGGACGAUGUCGAACAGUUGAUGGCUAUCGCUGGGACCAACGACGUGAUCAUCAUGGACUCCAUUGAUUGGAAAGCCAUUCCCGCGGAGAACCUGAUUGCCGCCUUUCAAAACACGCCGACCAAACUAUAUGCGCUAGUGGAUACCGUUGAAGAUGCCAAGGCAAUGUUCGACAUGCUGGAGAUAGGUGUCGACGGGUGCGUCCUGCGAUCUCACAAUGAACAGGAAGUGUUGGCAUUCGCAGCCCUGAAACGGCAGUUGGUGGACAAUGCAGGAAUGCCCAUGCAAGGAAUGUCGCACGCUAGAAUCCGGUCAAUCCGUCCAAUAGGGGUGGGAGAGCGUGUUUGCAUAGACACCUGUUCUAUGCUGCAGGAGGAUGAGGGCCUGAUGGUGGGCUCUUCCUCGCAGGCAAUGUUUUUGGUCUUGUCCGAAGCUGCCAAAGUUUCCUACGUCCCGAGCAGACCGUUUCGAGUCAACGCUGGUCCAGUGCACUCGUACUGCCUCGUUCCCGGUGGUAAAACGAAAUAUCUAGCGGAAUUGAAAGCCGGGAACGAAGUGCUGGUAGUCGGUGAUGGCGGGAAAACAUGUCGCACGGCUAUCGUCGGGCGUGCUAAAAUAGAGAAGAGACCGCUUCUCCUGAUUGAAGCGGAGACGGAAGAAACGGACACUCAAGAAUGUACAGUGUUCGUUCAAAACGCCGAGACAGUGCGUCUCGCGGCGGUCGGUUCGGACGACGAGGUAUGCAUGAAAAGUGUAACAACGCUGAGCGCAGGCGACCGACUAGUCUUGAAGACGGAUCGCAAAGCGCGGCAUAUAGGCAUCGCUAUAGAAGAAAAUUUGGUGGAAAAGUAAGGCAUGGCCUUUUCCCUCCGCGCCAAACGGUACGCUUAAAUGAAAACAACUCGAUAAAUAAUUGAGACAGGCAGGGCCGACACAGAACA